UGUGCACUCACAGCCCUGCCCCAUGGUGCUGCCUGGCCACUGAACAUGCCCUGUCCCAGAAAGAGAUCCCUGAGGCUAGCACCCACUGGGGCAUCUGUUCCUCCUCUGCCCCCUGGGCACCCUGGGCUCCCCCAGCCUCCCUGCCUUGGUUUCCCUGCUGGAGAGCAGGCUGGCAGCAUGGGAAUGGAGCAAUGGGCAAUCAGGGGGUCUCCAGAAGUUUGGGGAAGGAUGGACAUGAAGCAGAAGGAUGUCUGUCAGCUCUGGGUGUGGCUCAAUCCUGGCUGUCCCCUGGGCUCCAUCCCAUCAGCCCAGGCCCUCUCCAGCAGUGGGAUCUGAUCCUGCUGCCACCAGCCUAAGAAGCCACCACCCCUUCUGAGCUGUGGCUCAGUCUGAGGUAGAACACCAGCACAACCAUUCUGUGGCACUGAGGAUCCUGAGGCAGGAUCCGUGUGUCCCACUGCUGACAGACCCUAGACCCAAUGGGAACAGCCAGCAGGGAGCCCCUCAGACUCCUCCCCGCACACACAGGAGGCAUGGGGCAGCACUUGGUCCUGGCAUGCUCUAGGCUGGGUCUCACACAAGGCUGCAUUCAUCUGGAACUGAGGGGGACAGGGCCAGCACUGUCACCUAAGUCGGGCACAGGUUAUCCCUGCUCUUGUGUAACUUGUUGCAUAAAGCUGGCGUGGGCAGGAGUGCUGCCAGCAGUGGGCCCUAUAAAGGUGGGUACAGCCUCUCCUGCCCACAUCCACUCAGGGCGAGUAUGACAGCAGCACUGCCCAGCCUGGCUCUGGCCCUGCUCUGCCUGCUGCGGGCAGGGGCCCAGGUGCCCGUGCAGCCGGACUUGGACACCGAGAAGGUAACUGCACAGGGUGCUGCCUGGCACAUCUUGCCUGGGCUGGAGGGGCUGGCUGGGGCAGGGGGCUUGUGCUGCACCCCCAGGCAUCUUCCAUCCCCGUUCCUGAGCCAACUCCAGGGCAGCUUCCAGGAAAACCUGUGCAAAACCAGGUUAGUCCUGGCUGCUGCGUCCAGUGCCAGCAGUAACCCCACUUGCAAGGACACCAACACGUGGGGCCAUGAUGUCCCCAAGUGUGUGGCACUUCCUCAGGGAACAUGGGCCAGGUGCUGCACCUGUACUCUUAGCAUGGGGCAGGACAGGGUGUUCUGCAUGCAGGAAGGUGGCAGGUCCCCAUGUCUGCCUGGCUGGUUUGCACAGAGGGUGGCAGGUCUGCCACCACCUGCUGGCAGGUUUCUACAGUUCCUAUAGGUUUCUACAGAGGUGUCAUGCUCCCCGUAGUGGAGAGCAGACCCCCACAGAUGGUGGCAGGUCCCUGAAGAGGGUGACAGGUCCCCACAGACAAUUGCAGGCCCACUGCAGGUUCCAGAUUUUUGCACUGGGCUGUCAGAUCUCCCAUGGAGGAAUGCAGGUCCCCCAGCAGGUCCCCACAACUUUUCCAAAUUCCACUGGUGAUGUCCUGUGGCAGUUUGCAGGGGUGUGGCAUGUCACAGCCAUCGCUUCCAACUGCUCCAUCUUCCUGAAGAUGAAGGAUGGAAUGAAAUCAUCCAUGGCCAUCAUCAGCUUCAUGCCAGAAGGGGACCUGGCCAUGAAGUUGGUCUGGCCCCUGAUGGACAAAUGCCAAACGUUUGAGCUGCUCUUCCAGCAGAGUGAGCAGGCGGGGCACUACAUGGGAGCACAAGAGAAGAGGGAUCUGCGUGUGAUGGAGACAGACUACAGUUACUACGCUGUCCUGCACGAGGCCCAUCACAGCGAGGGAGAGCCCAGCACGGCGCUGCAGCUCCUCACAAGGGAGCAGGACGUGAGCCCCCAGCUCUUGCAGAAGUUCAUGGAGCUCAUCUCCACCAUGGGCCUGACUGAGGACAUGCUGGCCAUCCUGCCCAAGUCAGAUCAAUGUACCAGGGACAUCAGCUGAAGGACCACGUGUCCUCCAGACCUAGUGGAUGAUGGGCUCUACACCCCACUCCGUGGUGCUCCUUCCCAUCCUCCAGGCUCUCCCAGACCCCCUGUUCCACACUAGGAUCACCCUCAACCUCCUAAAUAAAUAGAUGCAGAAGCCGCCCCAGAGAUCGGUGCUUUGUUGGCAGGAGCAGGGUGCUGCCAGGAUCCCCAGGCACCCUGAGCCCAACAGUC